ACCGAGGUGCACAUCAACCCUGUGGAGUUAAACCCCCCUUCGUGGCGUGGAUGAUCCCCAAAGUGGAGUGGGCGGCGCUCCUGGAGGCGGCCAACACCCUGCACCAGGCGGAGGUGCCCAAGGAGCAGGUUGAGGGCUACGAGUGCGACGAGGCAUUUCUGCACAAGAUGCACCAUGUGCUGCUGGAGGUGGAGGUGUUGGAGGGCACGCUGCAGUGCCCGGAAUCCGGACGGCUGUUCCCCAUCAGCCGCGGGAUCCCCAACAUGCUGCUGAGCGACGAGGAGACCGAGAGCUGACUGCCGCCCCCGCCCCGACCGCGCGUGGCUUCGCCGCCAUCCUCUGGGUAG